GCGCAGGCCUUGGAUGGCGCCAUGAGUAGCUUUGGCGGGAGGAUGCGGGAAUACCCGCACCUCUCCAUAGACUGCUUCGACCGGGAGAAUCUGCGGGCCCGGGCCUACUUCCUUUCCCACUGCCAUAAGGAUCACAUGAAAGGACUGAGAGCCCCUUCCAUGAAAAGAAGACUAGCAUGCAGCCUGACAGUUCGUCUGUACUGUUCCCCAGUGACAAAGGAGUUGCUACUGACUAAUCCACGAUAUAAAUUUUGGGAGAAUCACAUUGUUGCCCUUGAAGUUGAAACGCCAACACAGAUUUCUCUAGUGGAGGAAGCAUCUGGCGAGAAAGAAGAUAUAGUUGUAACGCUUCUGCCAGCUGGCCACUGCCCAGGAUCAGUCAUGUUUCUGUUCCAAGGAGAAAACGGCACUGUGCUGUACACUGGGGAUUUCAGACUUGCGAAAGGAGAAGUGGCCAGAAUGGAACUUCUGCAUUCGGGGAGCAGAGUGAAAGACAUCCAGAGUGUGUAUUUAGAUACCACUUUCUGCGACCCCAAAUUUUAUCAGAUACCAAGCAGGGAAGAAUGUAUGAAGGGUAUGUUAGAGUUAGUACGGAGCUGGAUCUCCCAAAGUCCCUAUCAUGUGAUAUGGCUGAACUGCAAAGCAGCUUACGGAUAUGAGUAUUUAUUCACAAAUCUCAGCGAGGAGCUUGGAGUCAAGGUGCAUGUGAACAAACUGGACAUGUUUAACAACAUGCCAGAAAUCCUCUACCACAUCACUUCAAAUCGGCACACCCAGAUCCAUGCAUGUCGCCAUCCAAGGGAUGAUGAAUUCUUCCGGGGAAACAGAUUGCCUUGCGGAAUGACAUCUCAGAACGGGAGACAAUUGCAAAUCAUUAGCGUCAAGCCAUCCACAAUGUGGUUUGGAGAAAGGUCAAGGAAAACCAAUGUAAUAGUGAGGACAGGGGAGAGUUCGUACAGAGCUUGCUUUUCGUUUCACUCUUCAUAUAGUGAGAUCCAGGAUUUCUUGAAGUAUAUUUGCCCAGUGAAUGCGUAUGCUAACGUAAUUCCAGUGGGUAUGACAGAGGACAGAGUUCUGGAAAUCUUAAAGCCAUUCUGCAGAAUGUACACCAAAAAUAACGUGCCACAGUAUAAACCGCUCGGAGCACUGAAGAGGGCGAGAGUCUUGGACCUAACAGGUACAGAUGGUGAUGGUGACGAUCUCUUCGAUACCGAAUUAUUCCCUGUAAAAUGCAAGAUUCCAAAAUCGUUGCCAGAGACUACACCCUCUGAGAAUAAACCUCUUCCUGAAAACCAUCAAGACAGUAACAAAACAAGUUGUUAUCAGGCAUCUUCUAUGUCUACCUCCUGGAGAUUAGAUUUCGUGGAGUGUGAAGAAUCCAAUGGUGAGGAUGACGAUGAGGAAGAAGAAUCUGAGAAAGAGAUGGUUCUAUCUGAAAUUCUGCCACUCACAGCAGACUCCACCGCUGUGUUGCAAAAUCCAGGACUGGUCCAUUCAGAGCCCACUUGCAAGCAAAAAGGGGACCAGCAGCAGUGUAAUUUGGAAGUGCCAAAGUGGGCUGCCUUCUUUAAGUGUAGUAUGGAAGAUGCUGAUACCUCCGAACAGGAGGACGGCGUUCCACCCCCCACAGAUUCAAGUGAGCCCCAUUCUCCCAGCCUUUUCAGUGACAAUGAGGACUUCAGUGACUCCACUCACAUCUCCUCCCAGAACUCUUCUCAGUCAACACACAUAUCUGAACAAGGCAGCCAAGGGCUGGACAGCCAGGCGGAUACCAUGGUCAUUUCCUCACAAGAGCGAAGGAAUCUCGAGCUCAGCCCUUUCAAGAGGGGAAUGGACAGGGCAAUGUUCUACACGUCUCGCCUCCCUAUUGGAGAAAGCAAAAUGGACUCGCAAAGCAGCAAGCCUGGGGAUCAUGGCGUACAUUCUACGAACAGUGCUCACUCUGAAUGCAAAGUCAAGGCCCAGGAAGGGAGCAGAGCAGCACUUACUCAGACACAGUCCGCACUUGAGAGGAGCAACGAAGAAGAAGAAGAGAGAUCUCGGAUACUCAAUCCUGAGGCCCAGCUAGACUCUCAGAGCUCUUCUGAUUUUGAAAUCCCCUCUACCCCGGAGGCAGAGAUCCCUAAAGCAGACCAACUCCGCAGCCUGUAUAAAAAGCUGGCAGCAGGGGAAAAUCUGUCCUGAUUGGGAAACAACCUCUCUGAAUAACUUAAGCUAACUGUUGACCCGUGUACAAUUUGAGUUAGUGCCUUUGAAACCCCUGGCUACUUUCUGUGCCCUUCCAUCUUGCAUACAAAGUCACUCACUCCUUGAUUUUUGUUUUGUAAUUAUCAUUUGAAAUGCGUAGAAUAUUUUUCCCCUUAUUUAACAGGAGUGCACUGCAUUCACCUAUUAAAAAACAUUUUAAGAG